AUGGCUUCACCAACAAGCCCGAGCUACCGCUCUGAAUUUCGAGCGCUGAGGCAGGCGCUGUUGCAGCUGCGCGAGGAGCAGGGGGCACUGCUGGAGUGCCUCUUCGACCAGCGCCUGCUACGUCCCGAGACCUUUGCCGCCUCCUUGCACAGGCGCCGCUUCGAGGCUGCGCUGCUGCGGGCUCCCUGCAGAUUCGAGGCAACGCUGCGGGAUGUGCUGGAGGAGCCAACUCACCUAGCCGUGCAGACAGCCCGCUUCGCUGGCCACAAGGGGCUCCAAUCUCUGAAGGCAACCUGCCGGUCCCUGGCAGAAAAGCUUGCUGGCAAUGCUUUCGCCUUGCAGGAUGCCCUGACCUGGCUCUUCGUGGUCGGCGGGAGCGACCAUAUGGAGGUGCGUCGAUCGGGGGAGCGGCUCGAUCCAUCCACAGGGCUGUGGGAGGCGCUCCCGGCCAUGCAGCAGCGCCGCUUCGCGGCCUCCUCGGCCGUCCUCGGAGGUUGUCUGUAUGUCUGCGGCGGUUCCGAGCAGCACGGGGCAUUGAACACCGCCGAGCGCUUCGACCCAUGCACAGGGCUCUGGGAACAGCUGCCCGCCAUGACGUGGCCCCGAAUCCAUGCAGCCGCGCUGGCAGCACAGGGACGGCUCUACCUUUGCGGAGGCCAUGGACCGAGCUCGCAAAGCGGCCAGUUUGAGUCCCUGAGUGCAGUUGAACGAUUCGAUCCAGAUCGGGAGGUUUGGGAGGCCUUGCCAGAACUGCCGCAACGACGGAUGGCCGGCACUGCGGCCUGGCUUCGGGGUGCCGUGCACAUCGUGGGUGGCUCAGACGGCCAGGAGGCUCUCAGUGCCAUGGAAAGGCUGGUCGAAAACGGGUUCGGACCGUGCUGGCAGGCCCUGCCGCCCAUGUCACAGCCAAGAUUUUGGGCCACAUCUGCAGUGCUCAACGACUCGCUGCUGGUCUGCUCGGGCAACGAUGGGCAGCAGGCGUUGCUGUCCACAGAGAGGUUUGAUCCUGUUGCAUGCGUCUGGGAGUGUCUACAGCCGAUGCUGAGGCGCCGGACCGGGGCCGCCUCCGCUGUCUUGGCGGGGCAGCUCUUCCUCGUCGGAGGUCAUGAUGAGCACGGGGUGCACCAGACGGCAGAGUUCUACGAUUCCGAGCUUGGCAAGUGGCAGGAAGCUGCCCCAAUGCUCCAGCGUCGCUCCGGCGCCACCGCAACU